UUUUUUUAUUUGUAUUGUUUUUGGGGGGUUUUUUUCAGGCUGCGCGUCGACUGCAUGUAGACACGCUCCCUGGCCUCUCUUACUGUACUACUGAGGGAAGCGGACACAAGCAUGCUUUUUCUUAGUAUACAUUCUUGAAUUGGUUUGAUCGGUAAAGUGUGUGCGUGUGUUUACACUGAUAAAUGCUCAUGUAACAGCCAAGUGGCAAACUGAUCAGCUGAUGUGAUCCUGGCUUUACUGUACGGCUGAUGACACCUUCUGCAUUCGAUUUGUGACACUUGUUUUACUGCACUUCAUGCAAAUGCGAUUAUUAUUAUUAUUAUUAUUUUUUUUUACAUGCCAUUUCACACACAUCACUUGUGUGCGUGUUUAAAUGCACUUUGCGAGUGAUGACAAGCAGGUAUGUCCUGCAGAAAUUCCAGCUUAAGUUGAUCAACUGGUUUGACAGUGGGCUCCAACACAAAUUUGGAACUUCAACCCAGCCGGAAACUGUUAGAACAGUUGUCUUUUUACAAGCAUCUCUUUUAGUUGUUAUGUAAUCAUGGCUUCCACUAGGGUGGGGGUCCUAAAUACCUUUAGCGUGGGAAAACAUUUCCCAUUUGAAUUAAGCCCACGGAUGAUACGCAGCUGUGGCCACUGAGGUGGUUCUGCUUCAGUCCAGCUGUUAGCCAGACUGCAUGUCUGAAAGAUGAGAUUUUGGAAAAUUAGCAUGCUUGUAGUUUUGCCAACACCCUCAACAGGAAAUGCAGCACAUUGAUUUUCUCUUACUGGAUGUAACUCAAGAUCCAUGCCGCUAUUGAUUGUUUGCAACUGUCUGCAUGGACCACGAGGCUAAUGCUGAUGGCCUCGACGAACCCAGCAAUAUUUCCAAGAGGCAUAUUUUAUAAAAGAAGGACCGAGCAUGAGCCUGCACAGACUGGCGAGGCAUGUCCGAAGGUAUGUGAGAGGAAUUAAGAGCGUCAGUGUGGAGGGAAGCCUAAAGUCACCAAGACGGACAAUUAGAAAACAACGCUGUGAGAAAUUCUCCAAUGGAGUGACAGAUUCAGGGGUCUAAGAACUCCAAUGAAGUCCUACUACCGAUACUGGAAACUUCUACAACAAAAAUAAGUUGUGUUCUGACAACGCCUUCUUCUCCAACCAAUUGUUGCUAUCACUACGGUGAUGGGGAGCUCGGCCUCGUCCCUCACAGCAGAGACCGAGUCGGACCAUGGUUUCCGUAGCAACCCCUACCCAUCGUCACCCCCGGUGGGCUGGCUCAGGACCAGUCACAGCAGCCCAGUGUGGGGCACCACCUUCAUCACGCGCCAACAACAGCAGCAGCAGCAGCAACCGCCUCCCCGACCUCACCGAGAGCGCAGCCACUCUCACUCUCCUGGCUCCAUGGCAGCUGCAGUGCGAGGCAGUGAGUGGUCAUGUGGACGCUGCACCUUCUUAAAUGUAGGUGGCGCACCUCGCUGUUCGAUCUGUGAGGCGCCUCGCCAGAAACCUGACCUUAAUCAGAUCCUUCGACUGAGCAGUAGCGAGGAGCACCGCUGGGCUUGCCCCCGCUGUACCCUCAACAACCCUCAGGGAUCAAGAGCUUGCUCCGUCUGCGGUUUCGGACCAUCCUCCACCACCCCUGCACCUGCCAUCACAACCAUAGCUGCAACCUCAAACGGUCUCCCACCUGCUCCUACUACAGAACCCCCAACGGCUACUGUCACGCCCACAGUGCUUUCAGAACCCCAAGGACAGGUUCCCGUAAAGGAGGACAUGUUGAGACGGUCAGAGAGCAAUGGGGAAGUGGGUGGCCUGGAGCAGCAGCAGUCGGGCUGGGCUUGCCCCCGCUGUACGCUUCACAAUACACCGGUCGCAUUGUCAUGCUCAGCUUGUGGUGGACCCAGGAAACUAUCGUUACCCAAAAUCCCCCCUGAGGCAUUGGUGGUACCAGAGGUUCGCACUCCUGUACUAGGAUUUCCUGUGGCCUCAGCAGUGUCUCCCCCUUUGGUCAUUGACCUAACUGAUGAUUCACCCCCAGCUCCUCCCUGCGAACCCCAAGAACCUCCACAUGUGCCCUCUUCUGCAUUUAGUGCUUUUUCCUCUCUCCAGAACAACCCUGUGCCACGAAGUAGGAGAGAGGUGCCCCCAACUGGGAGACCACCAAACCAAGGUACUAACACUCCAAGUCCCACCUCUCCUUCAAGUUCGAGUGUACUCCCCCAGCCUGGCCCCCAGCGACCUGGCAAACCCAAACAUGCCCAACCCCAGGAGCCCUCAUACCCCAAUAAGCGGCUCAGUAUCUUAGAAGAAGAAGACCCUCAAAAGACUCCCCAGGCUGCCCACCACCCUUCCUCAGGAGCCCCCACCUGGAAGUGCCCAGGCUGCUCUUUAGUUAACCCAGGUGGCUUGUCUAAAUGUGAAACCUGCCGAUCAUCACGGGCCGGUGCCGACCUAAUCGAUUUAGGUUGCGAGAUGGUGCGCUUCACCCCGGCUAGCCCUUCUAGCCCGGACUUCAGCACUUGGGCCUGCUCCAAGUGCACCCUGCGCAAUCCCACAGGCGCUCCAAAGUGCUCUGCCUGUGGGUCGUCCAAGCUGCACGGCUUUCAGGAGCAGCAGGCAGCCCUGCCUCGCUGCUGUACACACUGUGGCCUGGUCCUCUCUGGGCCUGGCACAGCAUGCUCCUGCACUCCCACCUCUUCUUCAUCUUCCACGGGUCAUAAAACACGGAAACAGGGCAGAGGUUUUUCUUCCUCAUCUUCAGCUGUGGCUUCUUCUAGUUCCUCCUCUUCUUUAUCCAUCUCAUCUAGCCUUCAGGAGAGGCCUGGGCAGUGGAGUUGCCCAGCAUGUACGCUGCUCAAUGACAUCAAGGCCAAGAACUGUGCAGCAUGCCACACACCCCAGCAGUACCUCACCCUUCGCAAGGUGAUAAAGCCUCUGAAGAGGAGAGAGAGCAUGCAUGUCGAGGCCCGUCGGCGAAAUGAUGAGGGUGAAGCCAAGGAGCUCUGGGAAAACAUUGUCAGCUUCUGCAGAGAGAACACGGUGAACUUUGUGGACGACAGUUUCCCCCCAGGACCUCGAUCGGUAGGCUUCCCCGAGGGCGACAGCGUCCAGCAGCGAAUCAAAAAGUGGCUCCGCCCCCACGAGAUCAAAUGCAGCAACUUCAAAGACCGAGGCGUCAAGUGGUCCGUUUUCCGCACGCCACGACCCUCUGACAUCCUCCAAGGGCUGCUGGGAAACUGCUGGUUCCUGAGUGCUCUGGCUGUGCUGGCCGAGCGUCCCGAGCUGGUGGAGAGGGUGAUGAUCACCAGGACGAUUUGCACCGAGGGAGCCUACCAAGUUCGCUUAUGCAAAGACGGGACGUGGACGACAGUGCUGGUGGAUGACAUGCUGCCCUGUGACGACUACGGCUUCCUCCUCUUCUCCCAGGCCCAGAGGAAGCAGCUCUGGGUGGCGCUCAUCGAGAAGGCCCUGGCCAAACUCCACGGCUCCUACUUUGCCUUGCAGGCAGGGCGCGCCAUCGAGGGCUUGGCCACACUGACCGGGGCUCCGUGCGAUUCCCUAAUGCUGCAGGUCAGCUCCACCAACCCGCGGGAGGAGCCUAUUGAUACGGACCUGAUCUGGGCCAAGAUGCUCAGUUCCAAGGAAGCUGGGUUUUUGAUGGGCGCCUCGUGUGGAGGAGGCAACAUGAAGGUAGAUGAUGCUGUCUACGAGUCUCUGGGUCUGCGCCCUCGCCAUGCCUACUCCAUAUUGGAUGUACGAGAUGUACAAGGAUACAGGUUGCUGCGACUCCGUAACCCGUGGGGUCGAUUCUCGUGGAACGGCAGCUGGUCGGACGAGUGGACCGACUGGCCACAGCAUCUGCGUCACGAGCUGAUGGCGCACGGGAGCAGCGAGGGUGUCUUUUGGAUGGAGUACACUGACUUCAUCAAGUACUUUGACUCUGUGGAUAUCUGUAAGAUCCACUCGGACUGGCAGGAGGUACGACUCCAGGGAUGCUUCCCGAGCAAGGCCAGCGGACCAGUCACCGUCAUGGCCCUCACUGUGUUGGAGAGGACGGCGCUGGAAUUUGCUCUCUUCCAGGAAGGAAGCAGGCGCUCAGACACGGCCGACAGUCACCUGUUGGACUUGUGCAUCAUGGUGUUCCGGGCCUCCUUCGGGAGCAGCAACAAGCUGACCCUGGGCCGCCUGUUGGCGCACAGCAAGCGAGCGGUGAAGAAAUUUGUUGGCUGCGAUGUGAUGCUGGAGCCCGGGGAGUACGCCGUGGUGUGCUGCGCCUUUAACCACUGGCAGAUGAACGUGAGCGGGUCCGGAGGGCCACCUACACCCAGUGUCUCCCCAUCCUCUGGCCUGCCCGAGGACAUUAUUCUACGAGCGCCGAGGAGACGGCUUCGGAGGAGGGGAAGAAGAGGAGCAAUCCGACAGGCUCUGCAACGCACAGGCAGCCAGCCCCCCUUGCCCUCCAAGACCCUCAGCAAUGUGAGGUCGCUGCAGCGGAAAAUGGACGUGCUCCGUAUCAACGCCAGAGUGUGCCAUGAGUACCUCUCCAGUCCAACCAGUGGAGCCCAACGGCGGCUCAGUCAGGACUUCCCCGGCUACAUCCUGGCCAUCUACAGCUCCAGACAGGUGAUGGUGGAGCAGGUGGAGGCAGCUGCUACCACAUUGGCCGACGCCAUCAUCCUCCUGACGGAAAACAAAGGCGAAAGACACGAGGGCCGCGAGGGUAUGACGUGCUACUAUUUGACGCACGGCUGGGCGGGGCUUAUCGUGGUGGUGGAAAACCGUCACCCCAAGUACUACCUCCACGUCUCCUGCGACUGCACGGACAGCUUCAAUGUCGUGUCGACACGCGGCAGCCUCAAGACCAUCGACAGCGUACCGCCUUUGCACCGGCAAGUGCUGGUGGUGCUCUCCCAGCUGGAAGGAAACGCCGGCUUCUCCAUCACGCACCGGCUGGCUCACCGCAAAGCCGCCCAGGCCUCCCUGGGCGACUGGACGCCCACCAAAGCCACCCACAGCCCCCAGCUCACCCCGGACAUCGACGGCCUGCACCGCCCCAGGCCGCUAUGACCACCGUCCAAUGUGGCGCACUUGAACGGUCAGACCACUGGAACGCUGGACGAGUGGCACGUGCGACACUAGAAACACGGACAAAGAUGUGGAAUAGCACGCAUCUGAAUGUAUUCAUCAACACUGAAGCUAUCUUCUGGCCCCUCAGGAUGAACGAGGGCGGACUCGCUCAACUCUCAAGCCCCAAGGACCCCUUUCAAGUGUCAAAAUGCGUGCGGUACAAGCGCUGUCUGUGGAUUCCCAGUGCUGUAACUACUGAGCCAUUUAAGACUUGUUUCCUCCAUUUUCCGCCCACUCGCUAAAACAACCAGGGGGAGGGCUGGGGGUCACUUACUGUAUCUCACCCGACCGACAAUAAGGUACCUAGCUAUCGAGCCAAACCUACUUUUUUUUUUUUUUUUUUUUUUUUUUUAAGCACAAAGAUUUUGACCAUACAGGUACAGUAUCAGUCUUACACGUUUCAUCCAUAGUUUUGUGGUGCAUGUUUGAAGGUCUUAGAAAAAUUCACAAUAUUUGUCACUAACUCAGGACCAAACGUGUGUCAUUUGUACCGAAAUACAGUGAACCCCCACCAACUGCCGUUCGGCAUUCACAAAUUGACCUAUUGUGGUUUUUGUAAUCAUGUCUAACAUGAGAAAAAAAAAAUACAACUUUGGCGCCAUCUUAUGGCAUCGUAUGGCCAAAGAACUAUGUUGAAGUAAGGGUAGGAACUUCUUUUAGUCAAUGCUUUGUCGCCCUCUGUUGGCAUUUAUAAGCAGUUGCAAACAUUUUUAGCAUGUCGAAUGAUUUUCGCUAGCCUUUGUGGGUUCACUGUACCACAUUUUAACUGAAUUAUCAAAGGUGGAUAAUUCCUAUUAGAAAUGGCUGACAUAGCAUCCUUUAUCUUUUAUCUAAGAAGCGCUAUCACUCCAAAGCCAGUAGCGUGAUGAUCCUGUUAAAGGCAAGCAUGGUUGAUCUUUUUUUUUUUUUGCCCCUUCAUCGAGAAGCAAAUGCUGUCAUUUCUGGUUUUUGAACAUUCUUUUAUGCACCACAGCAGAGUUUUCCAAUCGUUUUCAGCUUAAAUUGGAAGUGCGGUUCAUACCCACAACACAAAUGUUUUUGUUUUUUUUCAUAACAUACGAACAUAUACAUAAAUGAACGCAACAGACAUAAACAUGAAUGCGGAAGCCCUUUGUGCGCUUGCUUGACAGUUAAUGAACUAACUUUACAACUUUGACAUCCGGCAAUACAGUUAGAAAUUCAAUAAGUGUUGGAAACCCUGCACUGAAUGGGACACCUGACAGCAAAAACUAAGAAGCAAGGUUGGGAUGGAAACUUUUUUUUUUUUUUUUUUUUUCCCAUUCAUGUGAGACAAUUAAUCCUCCAACCAUGUUGAUACAAAAAAAAAAAAAACAGAAAAUAAAUUGUAUCUCUGUAGAAUAAGUAAGAAUGAACUCACCCAAACUCCUUAUAGGUUUAAAGUACAAGGUCUGUAGGGAGUCCUAGAGCAGCUUUUUGGACAGCCAGCCAGCCGCCAAUUGGAGUCUCUCUCGAGAAGGGAGCUGAAGUUUACAUUUGUAGCCUUUUGUUUACUAAAGCGUGAAAGUCCAGGCUGCCUCAAAAGGAUGCGCGCCCAACAGCGCAAUGACAAAUUGUGUCGAAAACCCCUCAGAUGGAGAGAUCCUGCUAAACUGUCCCAUCGGAUUAAAACGUUUAUUCGAAUUUCUCAGGUUCAUUUUACAGACACAUCUGACAAUCAGCUGUUUGCUGACUUUAAUUGGAAAGUGGGGAAAAUUUGGUCCGAUUAUCAGUAUGUGUGUACCCCGCUUAACAUCUACGAUUUGUAGCACCGACUGUUUUCCAAGCAAAUUGGGGAGGAGAAAUGACUCUUUAACACCCAGCCCACAGGAUAAUGUUUCAGAGGCAUCUGACAAUCGGGCCUUUGUUGACUUUGAUUGCAAGAGAGCGAAAAUGUUCAAAUUUGGCAGCACCGAUUAUUGUCCGAGCAGAUGGGGCAGGAAAAAUUAAUCUUAAAACACCCCACACCACAUUGUAAUUGCUCAGGAACAUCUUUUAGAUACAUCCAACAAUCGGGCCGUUGCUGACUAAAGUGAGGAAAACUCUUAAAUUGGGCCUGAUUAUCUGUCCCACUUGACCGAAGGGAUUCCAGACAGUUAUUUUACACAGGAUUUUCUCACUAAUGGGCCUCAUUCUAAAAGUACUCGAAAUGAUCUUUUCACCAUGAAACCUUGCUGCUGAUAUGAACUCGGUACAGUCAAAUAACAGCAUUCGGGAAAUUUGCUUUUGUCUUGCUUGAAAGCCACAGAGCUCUGGACUAUGGUUCGUUUUAAUACAAAUGACACACGGGGAUUAGGUUUGAAAGGAAUACAUUUUAGCCAUUUCUUUUCCAGCCAUUGUUUUAUCUUUUUAAAACACCUUGUAAAUGUGUCUGUGAUGUAAAGCAGCUGUAAAUAUGUUUUCUCCCUCCCCUCCAAAGAAACAUCCAUAUGUACAAUGACCACUCUUUUAGAUAUUUGCACUGAGUCGCUGUGCAAUGUAAUUUAUUUGGAUCAAUUUACAGCCCUGUUGUCGACUGAUUUGUUAUUGAGAAGGAAUGUGAUGGUGCAAGGCCACAGUGAAUCACUUUAUAUUUACAUUUAUGUUUUGUCUUAUUGUCACUUUGGCUCUUGCUGGUGGUGUCCUUCAGUCAUCCUCCUUUUUAAAUGUUUCAAUGGCGCCCCCUGCUGCUAGGUUGAGGAGACUACAGCUAGAGACACCCGUCCUCUGAAAUUGUACAGGUGCAAAGCUAACACACAAGCUAUGUUGUGUGGUACAAAAAAAAAUCAACUUUUAAACUAGUAGUAAAACCAACAAAAAGGAGCAUAAUGCUGACAAAUGUGACAUAAUACUUUAUCGAUCCUUUUGGGGGGAUGGGGGUGUGAAUAUAUGUGUAUAAAUAUGUAUGUUUGAAUAUUUCAAUCUCAGGUUCCAGUGGACCAAAUAAAAGUUCUUUUUUUAAAUUAAA